AUGGAGCGUGGAUCCAAGAAGAAGCAAGAGUACUUUGAUAGCAAACGGGGCCAGUCGUCUUGGGCGAGGCCCGUAAUAGCGACGGCGGCACCAGCUUCUGUGCGCAACCUUCUCCUCCAAAAAGAUCUCGAUGCGGGCGAUCUUGCCAUCGCAGCCGUCCGCAAGCAACUUGAGAUCUACGAGAUGAAUCUCAGACAAAUCAAGGCCGGUGACGGGUCGUUCAAUCGAGAUGAUAACCGCAAUGAAGAAAGGACUGGAUUUAGGAGUCUCUUCUCAACUGCAGCGAGGAAACUCGGGGAGCUCAUGGAGGACGAUCCGGAGAACGUAGACGCCGUUAUGAAUAUGGUCAAUCCGACCAUCUCCCGUGCGAGUUUGACGUGGUAUUCGAUCCCUUAUACCGCUUUUUGCACUAUUCACUCACAACAUACGCCCCACGAACCUGAUCGCGAGCGCACACCCAUCGAGGCAGCAGGAGCACGAGUGGAUGGUGGAGAUGAUGGAGAAGGAUUUAGCUUGGAUUGGUGGAUAUUGAAAAAUGAGACCUGGCUCCGUAAUCGUCGAAUUCGAGAUCCCAAUGCCAACUGGCGUAUAGGCUUGGUUGGACUUGAUGACAGAUCCAACAAUGUCUGGUCUACAUUGGUCGAGCUAGGUACUACAUAUCGCAAGAUCAAGCGACAGCAGCUAGAUGGCUUCAAGUUUCUUGACGCGAGAAGGGCUGAACACGUCUACCUCCAACGCUCCAAUAAGCAAUUCCAAGCCGCUUACCAGCGUUUGACGAACGGCCAACUCAAGGGGUUGGACUGGAGUAAUGUAUUUGUGGCCGGAGGGAGCGUUCUCGGAGCGCUAUUAUGUCCGGAUGGAGUGGAGAACCCCACGAACCGUCCGGAGCAGUGGGAGUCUUCGGAUAUCGACAUCUACUUCUACGGGCUCGGGCCAAAGCAAGCGAAAGAGAAGCUCCAUCACCUAUUCGAUGUCUUCAAGGCGAACCUGCCUAAAGACGCGCCAACGCUCGUCGUUCGAAAUACGAGGACGAUCUCAUUUAUCAGCAACUAUCCCAAUCGACGCUUCCAGAUCAUUCUCAAGCGAUGCAUGAGCCCGGCAGAGGUACUACUCAACUUUGAUCUGGAUAUUUGUGCCGUGGGGUUCGAUGGAGAGGCUGUUUAUAUGCUACCCCGAACGGCGAGAGCCCUCGAAACCGGAUACAAUUCAUGGACGAUGGACAUGGUGCAGGGACAUUACCUGGGUACACGCCGGGCAUCACAGGAGCAGAGAGUCUUCAAGUAUGCGGACAAAGGCUAUGGCAUUCGGAUUCUUCCUCAAUACCUCGCUGCGCUUAAGAAAGUCGACGUUAAAGACGUACCUAGGGAGUCACGACGCCGCACUGCUAAAAAGGGCAGCUUGGCUCUCGAGCCAUAUAUCGCUGAUGCGCGCGACUAUUUCGAGCGCGUCUUCAAAGUGUACCUUAAAUGGUCCCACGAUGGUGCAACCCUCCAACCACAUUAUAGCGGCUCUAGCUGGUGUGGUUCGCCAAUGUAUGAGUUCAAGGCUCGGCGAUGGAAUGUCGACGAGAGCGACAAGGAGAAGCGAAUACCUGUGCUUACGCAUGCGUUGCUGGACACGAAUGAGCAGGUGACAGGAGAGCCCUUGAGACGAAGCUGUUUAACGGGAUUCACGCUGCUUUAUCGGCACGUGGCGCUUUGGGAGGCCCAGGAGCAAGGGAGGCUCAAGAUUCAGGACGACGUUUGGGCCAGUACGACGUAUGAGGACGUACUUUACCAAAAUGCCUACGACGAGCUUCCACAAUACCAAUGGGAUGUGACAUUUGACCUCAAAGAAUUUGGGGAAAGGAUUGAACAAUUCAAUGCCCAGCAAUCAGAAUGGGUCGAAGACGAGGUCAACCCAUGUUGGGGGGAAAAUCAUGGUUCAUUUGUGCCUACGGUCCGACGUAUCAUUCAUGGGGAAAAUGUUGACGAGGUUCUCCAGAAAGAUAUUGUGCUCGCAGCGUGGAUGCCAGAGAGCUUUGUCACGUUUGCAAGGUCUAUGCUGGACGAAGUAGCCAAAGAUAUUCCAGACGUCAAAGGAUCUUCUGUCAUACAAGAACUCAAGCGUAUAGAGGAGGGUGACGAAGUACUCUGUCGGAUCGAUAUCGAUGCACACAUCAUGUGGCAGCAGUUGGAUCGUAGAGCCGACGAACUAUUUGAACUGAUCUGGAGUUUUGUGUUUGCCAACCGGAACAUGGAGCUCGAAGAUUCCAAUCGGCUCAAGCUCCUGAAGAGACAAAUAUCGAGGAGAGCUUCGAGACUGAAAGAUGAAGACGAGUUCCUCGACUUUGCCGCCUGGGUUUUUCGUGACCCUGGAGAUAUUGGUGGAGAGAGCUAUGGUGCUAUGGGCCAAGGGUUUUGGUGGGAGUGCUUCAAUUCGGAUGAAGAGGAGGAAGACGAAGACGAAGACGAAGACGGAGAUGAAGAUGAAGAUGAAGAUGAAGACGAAGACGAAGACGAAGACGAAGACGAAGACGAAGACGAAGAUGAAGAUGAAGAUGAAGAUGAAGAUGAAGACGAAGACGAAGACGAAGACGAAGACGAAGACGAAGACGAAGAGGAGGAAGACGAAGAGGAAUAG